AUGCAUAGUAGAAAAGGCUCAUAUGGCUACUCGCUGUACAGAUCAAAAGUGCAGGUGAGGUGGUUUGGUUCCGCUCUGAUCGUCUCUGUUACCCUAUUACUGUUCCUUCGUACGGAAUUUACCUUCUGGAUCUUGCCGCGUCCACCACGCUUUCCCUCCUCUCAGACAUCGUGUCCAACGUCACCGCCAUAUCCAUCAAUCAUCCCACCUCCACAUGGCCGAUUCAGUUGGAGAAACGUCACCCAGCACUACCCAGUGAAGACGUUCGCAGAGCUGCCUGCUUCGAGGAAGAAGAAGCUACCACAAGUACAGUUCGACUUCGAGCAGGGGGAGCCACCCCUCUACCAUGAGCUUAUGCGCAAGCGUCGUCAAGCUGCAGUCAAGACGACAUUCGAGAGAUCAUGGAAGGCCUACAAAGAGCAUGCAUGGAAGCAGGACGAGCUAUUACCCAUUUCAGGAGGAUCGAAGACUACCUUUGGCGGUUGGGGAGCUACUCUUGUGGACGGUCUCGAUACACUUUGGGUCAUGGGCCUGAGGGAUGAGUUCCACCAGGCGGUUCAAGCAGUCACCGAGAUCGAUUUUGCACCCGGAGAUGGUGAACUGAAUAUGUUCGAGACUACAAUCCGAUAUCUGGGAGGCUUACUAGCAGCGUACGAUCUUACAGACUGCAAAGAUAGUCGACUCCUUGAGAAAGCGAUGGAAUUGGGCGAUAUGAUCUAUAUGAGCUUCGAUACCCCAACCCGAAUGCCUAUCACGCGCUGGAGUGCGAAGAAGGCUGCAGCUGGUGAAGAGCAAUCUGCUGCAGCUCAGGGCAUCAUUGCAGAACUCGCAUCCUUCAGCCUCGAAUUCACUCGCCUAUCCCAGCUCACAGGAGAUAUGCGCUACUACGACGCCGUGAAACGCGUCACUGUUGUUUUGGCCGCACAGCAGAAUAGCACCAAGAUACCUGGUCUGUGGCCCGUAGGCAUCAACGUCCAGAAACCCGACCUUACUCGCGACAAUCUCUUCAGUCUAGGUACCAUGGCCGACUCAGCCUACGAAUAUCUCGGGAAGACCUACCAGCUCUUGCAGAGCACUGGGGCAGCGACAUCUCAAUACGCGAAUAUGUACACAUCCGCCAUGGAUGCCGUCAUUGCUCACCUCCUCUUCCGUCCCAAGACACCCGACAACGCAGAUAUUCUGAUGCCAGCAGCCCUGCGCAUUGAUACACACGGUACAAUCACCCUCGACCACACCGCCCAGCACCUCGUCUGUUUCGCUGGCGGCAUGCUAGCACUCGGCUCCAAGCUCCUCGGAAACGCUUCCCAUCUGGACUACGGCCGCAAAGUGACAGACGCAUGUAUCUGGAGCUACAUGCAUGCCCCGAAUGGGAUUAUGCCAGAGGUGUUCCGUAUGACGCCCUGUCCUACACACGAGUCCUGUGAGUACGAUGAGGAGACCAGUCAGAGGCAGCAAUUCCCAGGUUUCGAAAGGGUGAUCGAUGCAAGAUACAUGUUGAGGCCUGAAGCAAUUGAAAGCUUGUUCUACAUGUACCGCAUCACAGGCGAAAGGCGCUAUCAAGACGUCGCAUGGAGCAUGUUCGAAGCAAUCGAGAGGCGGACGAGGACAGGGCUUGCGAAUGCAGCUAUUCGAGACGUGACGCUAAAGAGUGAGCUGGAGCUGGAAGAUAGUAUGGAGAGUUUUUGGAUGGCGGAAACGCUGAAGUACUUUUAUCUGAUUUUUAGUGAGCCUGAGUUGCUGAGUUUGGAUGAAUGGGUUUUCAAUACUGAGGCGCAUCCGUUCAGACUGAGCACAUGA